CUUGUGUGAACGGAACGUUUAGUGUGUCUUUGGUGUGCUCUGCGACGGCAAGUUACAGCAUCUCUCUGUCGAAAGCUUCAUGUCUGGAUCUAACCUGCUUCAUUAUCUCUGUUCACUGAGAGCCUUUCUUUAAGACCGUGAAUUUAUGUGCUGUGGUGUUAUUUUAAUCAUCAUACAGCUGAUAUGUGAUCACGUUCAUAACGGCUCCAGCAUCUGUGCUUGUGAAAACUGCAUGGCAAAUUGAGUCCGCGUGUUAAAUCCGUUACUGGCCUUUACAGCACUCUGCUGCCAUGGCAACAGUAAUUAAGCGGUAGGGUGAAAUGUCAGCAUCUCCAUGCCGAUCAGCUAGGACUGAAAUAGAAGGCUGUUCUCCAUCCCAUCCCUCCAUUAUCUUCUGUCUGCUCUGGGCUCAGAUGAUGACACAUGUGGCCGAGGACGCGCAGCGGCAGAAAUCUGGAAGCCCACAAUGGGAGAAUGGAGAGGAAAGGGAGGAUGCCUCCAGCAAGAAAAUUAAAUAAAAUAUCAUUAGGACUCCAAGCAUGUCCUUUCCUUUAUGGAAAAUGUGGCUUUUACAAAACAUUUGCUCCCCGAUCUAAGUGGCCAAAUUCUUGCCAUGCUUGCCCCCUUAUCCUCUGAGUUGAUUGCACAGUAAAAGGGGUGUCAGAACUCUUCCUUCCUUUUGUUUUGUAAUGACUGUGAUGUUAACGAGGCUGGACAAUUAACAAAUCAGCAGCCCCAAAGCGCUGGAACAAGUAUACAAAUGCUCUCCGUCCAGCCGGACACCAAGCCAAAAGGCUGUGCCGGCUGCAACCGGAAGAUCAAGGACCGCUACCUGCUGAAGGCCCUCGAUAAGUACUGGCACGAGGACUGCCUCAAGUGUGCCUGUUGUGACUGUAGGCUGGGCGAGGUGGGCUCCACGCUCUACACCAAAGCCAACCUCAUCUUGUGCCGAAGAGACUACCUACGGUUGUUUGGUGUAACAGGAAACUGUGCAGCCUGCAGCAAACUAAUUCCAGCCUUCGAGAUGGUCAUGAGAGCCAAGGAGAAUGUCUACCACCUGGACUGCUUCGCAUGCCAGCUCUGCAAUCAGAGGUUUUGUGUGGGAGAUAAGUUUUUCCUGAAGAACAACAUGAUCCUCUGCCAGACAGACUACGAGGAAGGGCUGAUGAAGGAGGGCUAUGCUCCCCAGGUCCGCUGACCCUCAGAGGUCAACAGAGGAAGAGGGAGAAGAAGAGGAGUGGGAGAAAUGUAUUUAACCUUUAUUUAACCAGGAAGAUCCCAUUGAGGUUAACAACCUCUUUUUCAAGGGAGUCUUGAAAGAGAGACAGAGACUGAAGGAGAGUUUGCAAUCAAUCAACAAAAAGCACUAUUGCCUCCUGUCCAGCUCUUUUACCCACAUGUACAUAACAAGGCAAACCUCCCUGGGAGGGGACACACACUGCUGUACAGAAUAGCCAUAGCAAUGACAGUGUGGCAGGGACAGGCCCUGGGAACCUAUAACAAAGUACAAGUAUGAAAAAAAUAGCUUGUCCAUUUCUUUCUUUUUGACUGAUGGAUGCUGCCUCUUUCCUUCUGGCCAACAAAUUGCCUCAGGGCAAUUUCUAACCAACAGGUGAUCCCAGUUGUUGGACACUGUGUCAUUUUAUUUGACAAGGACAGACAGUAUCCUACUUGACUGCACAGUCCAACAACUUCUACUUGAAUCUAAAAUACACUGAGGGGGAUGUCAAUCAAUGUAAUUUUGCGAUAAAGACCUUUAUACUGAAUGUAAGAUGGCAAAAAUGAAUGACUUGUUGCUGUGUGUGUGUGUGUGUGUGUGUGUGUGUGUGUGUGUGGAUCUAUCUUCAGGUUGAGGACUUAUCUGUGAUGCAUUCUCACAAGAUUAUGUUUUGGUCUAGUCCUUAAAAUCCCAAAUCGAUCACAAGAAAAGAGAAGACAUGCAUCCAAAUCCCACAGCUAUAUUUGGCUACAAUACAAACAACCAGAGUUUGUGAAAUAAACUUUUCACCAGUGGAUGAAAUCUUUUCCUUCAUAAAUAAAUAAAUAAAUAAAUUUGAGACCACUAUGCCACUAGAAGACCACUGAGCCAUUGUACUUUUGACCCAUGAAGACUAGUGUCACAUAGGUUUACUUUCCUGGUUGUACCAUUUCAGAAUAGACAAGUAAAAUGUGACUGGCUGUUUUGAAUGUAAGUGAAAAGACCGGUUGUAGUCAAACUAAGUUUGAAAAAAUUAAAACUAGACUAAUCAGCAUUUGUCUUUAUAUUAACAUUGGAAUAAAUGACUACUUUUAAUGUGAAUGGUACCUCUAGUAGUGAAGAAGCCAUAGAGAAAAAGAGAAAACUCUCAGCUCUGAGCUUUUUUGUUUCCUGUCUUCUCAGCACCAAACAGCAGUCACACUAGAUUAGCCACUAGUUGGUGAAGUACAACCUUAUGCAGCUCAAGAGAUAGAUAUUCACUCGCUUUUUAGCAAAUGAGUAUUAGACAUACAUUCACCAGGUGAACACAAACACAAUUCCAAUGAACCUCUCAAAUUGUGGUAAGUGUUUGCUAACCCAUUAGCCAAUAUAAGCUGAUAGUACAGUAUGUCAGAUAUUAUGUUUAACGCUUGUUUCACAGCUGCUGAGUGACCAAAACAUGGAUUAAGCAGCUUUAAAUGUUAUGGAUCAGAUGUAAUGCCUGUAGACAAACACAUUGCUGUGUGUCCUUCACAGGGUGACAAGUUCAAUUUCAGAAUCAGAAUCAGACCAAGCUUUAUUGGCCAGGUGUCUUGAACACAUGAGGAAUUUGACUCUGGUGCAGUGGCUCUCAGUGUGCAUGUACAAUGUUCUCCCAUAGGGCAACAAGGAAACAAGAAUUAAAACUGAAAGAACAAGAAAGGGAAAAGAAUGUGCAAUCAAGAAGAAGGAAUGUGCAUUUAAGAAGUAUGCCAAUAUGCCAAAUGAAUUCUGUCAGAGCCACUUGAGCAGUAUUUGGGCAGCCUGGGUUUUGACUUUGACCUCAGGCUCUAUUCUUGUGAUAGAAGGCUGUUUUUUUUUGUUUGUUUGUUUUCUUUUGUUGUUUUUCACCAGUGACAGUCUUUGUUUUUAAAAACUUUGCUUUUACACUGCUCAAACCGAAAUAUAGGGAGAUUCUCAUGGUGGCAGGUUGCUGUAGGAGUGUAGGAAUCAGCUGGGGAAGUUACUUGGUUACUUUUUCUAUACCAUCUAUUGCCAAAAAUUUGGCAUUGUUACACUUACUGAUACCUGAAUACAAUGUAAUGAUUUGGCUUAUGGCGUGAGUGGCCAUGUUCACUACAGCUUUGGGUUCAGUUAAUUGCACUCUGCAACAGCUCAGUCAUCUUAAGACAUGGUCAUGUCAGUCAUGAUAGUUACAUCCUUUUCUGCUGAAAAGAAAAACCAUUGAUCCUUCUAUAUAACUAUCAACGUGAGUGUUUGGUGUGCAACAGCACUCAGCACUAUUUCUUAGCUAGAAAAAUAAUUCUCUAAUUUAUACAUUUUGGGUGUACAUUGAAGAAAUACUGAUUUUUGUUUGCUGUUGUGCAAUGAUUUUUUUGAUGUGUCAUCCAGCAUGAGAUGUUUAUUUUUAGGACAAUGCUUGUAAAUACUGUAAUUGUAAUAAUU